AUGGCCUUGGUUCCGAAGUACAGGGUCAGGAAGCGGCCUCGGCGAGAGUCAAGCGAUGGCUUCUCUGUCGAGGAGAUAUCCCCGGAUGACAUGGGCUACGAUGGAGAUAUCGAGGUCCUCCAUCCUGAUCAGUAUGAAGAACCCGAAUCCGAGUUCGAAGAUGAAGCACUUAAGAAGCUAUGGCCAGACACGGACGAAGAGCUUGCCAGCAGGUUGCGGCGGCUCUCAUGCGAGCGUCAACCCAAGAGCGCUCAUCGAGGGGAUUACGAUCGAGGGCAAAAACGCCGUUCAACAGAGAUGGACGAUGAGGACGAGAGCCCGACACUCAACCGUACAGAAAUCGAAGUUUCUGAACUGGUCGACGGGCAGGCUGCACAGCCGCCAAUGAAACGUAGGAGAAAGAGAAGCGAACGGACCCCUCUGGGGCAACGCGUUGUGAAGAAACAGGCACAAGAAGCAUGGACGGACAGCUCUGAAAAGUCUGAGGAUGCAGGCAUAGAAUCAUCAAACUCCCCCAGCACGCCCGAGCGCACAACUACACCAUGCAGAUCUCGUGGGAAGGAGGAAGCCCGAGGAGACAGUGACGCGAUGGAGAUCGGAUGA